GGCGAGCGGGGCGCAGGAGGAAGAGGAGGACCCACGGGCUCCGGGCCGGAAGGCAGCUGGCAGCAGGCCCAGGCGAGCGGGCACCCGCGUUCAUGUUCCGCCAGGAGCAGCCUCUGGCCGAGGGCAGCUUCGCGCCCAUGGGCUCCCUGCAGCCGGACGCAGGCAACGCGAGCUGGAACGGGACCGAGGAGCCGGGGGGCGGCGCCCGGGCCACCCCCUACUCCCUGCAGGUGACGCUGACGCUCGUGUGUCUGGCCGGCCUGCUCAUGCUGCUCACCGUGUUCGGCAACGUGUUGGUCAUCAUCGCCGUGUUCACAAGCCGCGCUCUCAAGGCGCCCCAGAACCUCUUCCUGGUGUCUCUGGCCUCGGCGGACAUCCUGGUGGCUACGCUCGUCAUCCCUUUCUCGCUGGCCAACGAGGUGAUGGGCUACUGGUACUUCGGCAAGGCGUGGUGCGAGAUCUACCUGGCGCUCGACGUGCUCUUCUGCACCUCGUCGAUCGUGCACCUGUGCGCCAUCAGCCUGGAUCGCUACUGGUCCAUCACGCAGGCCAUCGAGUACAACCUGAAGCGCACGCCACGCCGCAUCAAGGCCAUCAUCGUCACCGUGUGGGUCAUCUCGGCCGUCAUCUCCUUCCCGCCGCUCAUCUCCUUCGAGAAGAAGGACGGCAGCGGCGGCCAGCAGCAGGCCGAGCCGCAGUGUGAGAUCAACAGCCAGAAGUGGUACGUCAUCUCGUCGUGCAUCGGCUCCUUCUUCGCGCCCUGCCUCAUCAUGAUCCUGGUCUACGUGCGCAUCUACCAGAUCGCCAAGCGCCGCACCCGCGUGCCGCCCAGCUGCCGGGGCCCGGACGCAGUGCCGCCGGGGGGCGCCGAGCGAAGGCCCAACGGCCUGGGCCCCGAGCGCGGCGUGGGCUCGGUGGGCGCCGACGCCGAGCCGCUGCCCGCCCAGCUCAACGGUGCCCCUGGGGAGCCCACGCCGGCUGGAGCGCGCGACGCGGACGCGCUGGACCUGGAGGAGAGCUCGUCGUCCGAGCACGGCGAGCGGCCUCCCGGGACCCGCAAGUCCGGGCGCGGCCCCCGGGCCAAGGGCAAGGCCCGGGCGAGCCAGGGGGACAGCCUGCCACGGCGCGGGCCUGGGGCGGCAGGGCCCGGGGCGCCGGCGGCCGGGCCCGGGGAGGAGCGCGGCGGGGGCGCCAAGGCGUCGCGCUGGCGCGGGCGGCAGAACCGCGAGAAGCGCUUCACGUUCGUGCUGGCCGUGGUCAUCGGCGUGUUCGUGGUGUGCUGGUUCCCCUUCUUCUUCACCUACACGCUCACGGCCGUCGGCUGCUCCGUGCCGCGCACGCUCUUCAAGUUCUUCUUCUGGUUCGGCUACUGCAACAGCUCGCUGAACCCGGUCAUCUACACCAUCUUCAACCACGACUUCCGCCGCGCCUUCAAGAAGAUCCUCUGCCGCGGGGACAGGAAGCGGAUCGUGUGAGCGCGCAGUCUGCGCCCCCCGCCCUCCCUUCCCCGCGAACGGACCCGUGUGGACUUCGGGCGACUGGGAUCGAGGGACGCGUCUAUGCAGCCCCAGCACUCUGAACCCCGGAGUCUGCCUCCUCUGCGUUUCCUGGCUGGAGCGUCGGCUCUGCGGCCUCUUUGGGUCACCUUCUCUUCCCUACCAGGGAAAAGCACUGGCUGGGAGGGCCCAUACGCCCCCCAAAUUGUUAGGACCGCUCCUGACUCCGAGUGAGCUUCCAGGGAUCUUGGGCACGCCCCUAAAUCAGUAUUGUUCUUUUCUCUUCCCCUAAGUCCAGAGCAGUUCAGAGCAAGUGCUGGACCCCAGAGGGUAUGGCUCACAAAGGGUUAACAGAUGGGGGGUUUCCCAGCCUGGGCUAAUUGCUCUCCCCCUCCCCCAACUCUAUUUUUAAACAAAGCUCAGGGCAGCCCAGCCCGUCCUCCCAUCCCCCACUGUAAAUACACACUAUUUUUGAUAGUACAUGCGGAGUGGGGGUGGGGUCCCUAACGUUGCUUGGCUUUUGAUGUCGGAAUCCUGGCUGUCAGAGAUGGCCUGGAAGUAGACACGUUCUGUUCUGGCUGGUUCAGGCCAAGUCCCUCUGCAAUGCAAGCCCCUUUUUAGUGUCAUUACGUCCCUCUGUGUCCUUUUCACCAGCAACUGGUGACUGUCCCUUUGGGCCUAUACCUGCUUUGAGAUUCCCUGAGGGGGAAAAGAUUUGUCCUUCUUUUUUUUUUCCUGUGCCUAACAGCAUAAUUGCCUUUUCCUAUGUAAAUAUUGCAAUGAUGGACCAAGACAGAAGUAAACGAACCUUUCUGCCUUGCAUCAGCCCCGUGUAUAAAGCCAUUAUCUCCGGAUGCUCCCUCGCCCCAGUAACUCACUUUAAAACCGUCUCUUUCUGGUGUCCUCUCCCUCUUUUUCUCUUGGGCCACUGCUUGAAGAAUAUGUAUGUUUCUAUUUUGUAUGUAUGUGGGCCCCUCCAUCCCCCAAAGUGCUGACUGCGGGGAAAAUCUUUUAGCUGCUGUUUUUAGACACAGAAGAGUGGAAAUUAUGUGGAAGAGGCAAACCUGAUACAAUUUGCCCAAGGUAAACAGUUUGCAAAGACAAAUGGGCCUGCCAAACUGUACGGUUCCUGCCCCAAGAGCUCUUAGGUAUCAAAAUGUUGUCUUUUCCCCCCAUUCUGUUUUUCUGAUUGAGAUCAUGUCAUUGAUGAAUUCCCAAAGUCAACGGAGGAGGGAGAAGACCUUCGUGUUUACAUCCGAGUUUCUACAUGUUUUAGACUCUUUAAGGCCUGCACUCUUAAUUGACUAAAGAAAAAUUAAUGUCAGCACACGUUGCUAAUGACAGUGGAUUUUUUUUAAAUAAAAAGUUUACAGAUCAAAUGUGAAAUAAAUAUGAAUUAAAUG